AUGAUUUCCUUCAGAGCCGCGUUACAGCUUUCCUUUAUCACUUUGUCUCUUGCCCAACCCUAUGGGACUUCACUUCAAUGGGGACCGUGCAAUAAGACCGAGGUUCCUAGCGACGUCCCAGUAGACUGCAGUGUUCUGAUGGUCCCCCUCGACUACACCGAGCCAGAUUCCGAUGAGAAGCUACAGCUUGAUCUAGUCAGAAUUCCCGCUCCUGUUAAACCCUCCAAAGGAAGCAUUCUAUUCAAUUUCGGUGGACCUGGAGGUACUGCACGAGAUGAGAUAGGCAUUAAAACUUUGGCGGAUGAGCUAUUAGCACUUACUGGCCGUCAGUUUGAUCUUAUUGCAUUCGACCCACGCGGUACUCAUGGCUCGAAAAUUCCCAUCCAAUGUUUCGAUAAUGAAUAUGACGCCUGGUCAUUCUAUCUGGACAUAAUACCUGCAAACGUAUCUGACACAGAGUUGGGAAAGCAAUGGGGACGUGCAUCUCUACUUGCCGAGGCCUGCCUUAAGACGAAUAAUAAGACCGGAACCCUGGUUAGUUCUGCCUUUGUGGCAAGAGAUAUGAUGCAAAUCGUAGACGCUCUUGGGGAAGAUGGAAUGUUACGAUACUGGGGUUUCUCAUAUGGUACGACAUUAGGGGCAACUACAGCUGCUAUGUUCCCCGAUAGGAUAGGAAGAAUGGUCCUCGACGGCGUUCAAAACCCGCACGAGUAUUACCAUGCGCAGGCCGACUUCGAAGAAUUUACAGACGCAGAUGCGGAGUUCUCGGCUAUGUUUACUGGCUGUGUGAAAGCCCGCGAGAACUGUGCGUUAGCUAAGGGCAACAACAAGACGGCCGCCGAGCUUGAGCAGUCAAUCUGGGAUCUCCUCGAUGUUAUCAAGUAUAACCCGAUUCCUCUCAAAUCAUUCCUGAUCGAUUACGCCAACGUGAAGGCUCUUCUGGUACAGGGUCUCUAUGAUAGUUCCUCUUGGCCGGGUAUUACUAGUAUACUUAAUGCGGUUAUGACCGAGCAGUACGACAUAGUUAACAACGCCUUCGAGGCCUUGAUACCUAAAGCCUCCUUUGAUAUAUUCAAGCAGAGUCAGCAGCCGCAGGUACUACCUUCCAUCCACUGUAGUGAUAACAUGGUUCGAAGCAAGACAUUUGAUGAGUUCGCUCCAGCUAUCCAGCGCCUUUACAGUACCAGCAGAAUUAUUGGAGAUGGAUUGAUAUUCUUAUACAGCGCCUGCGCGCAAUGGAAGAUUGAGCCGAAAGAGCGAUAUACAGGAGACUUCAACGUGAAGACAAAGAAUCCGGUCCUCUUCAUUGGCAAUACUUUCGACGGACUCACGUCCCUUGUUUCGGCCAAAAAUGUUAGCUCCACAUUCGAGAAAAGUGCCUUGCUAACAGUCGAUGGAUACGGUCAUUCUUCGUUAGCCGCUCCUUCAGCUUGCACUAUUAGAACGACUUCGGCGUAUUGGGCAAAUGGCACUCUACCUUCUGAAGGAAAGAUCUGUGACUCAGCUCCAUUAUAUUCAGGGAUCACUUGGGAAAGUAUUAUACAGGAGGUAUACGGUAAUACGACGGUUCCUUCUAAGCGCCAAGCAUCCCGUCUGCCAAAGUUCGGAGGCCCCCUAGCCCCUUUUUUCAUUCCCAAGUAA